AGUCAAACUCCAAAGUCAAAGUGAAACCUGCUGCUACUACGGACUGUCUCAGUGAUGGCGACAACAAGUUUUAUUACUUCACUAACUGUGUAUCAAUACUUCCUACUCUUGUUACAGUCUGUGAAUAGUAAAAUUUGUUCAACAGGCCAUACUCAGGAAUGACCUAUUUAUUUAUUUUGUGUAACAGUUGUUUGUGCCAAGUGUCAAGUGAAAAUGAAACAUAGGUUUGAAUUGGUGCUGAGAGUUAUACUGGUGUUGUGGAUAACGAAUUGUAAACAUCUGCUUGUCUCAGGUGAGGUGACUAUUGACCUCCCGCCUGGUGCAAGGCCUGACGGAGACUUGGUGGUGCAAGCCGACUCUACCUUCACUCUCACAUGUCGUGGAGACGCUCCACUUACUUGGACCUACGAUGACUAUGAUGAUGAGGACAAGGGGGUGAAGGAGGUGAUAUCUGGUGUAGAGCACAGUCAGCAUGUCUCUACCUUGACUGUGCGAGGAGCUUACUACCUGGACACUGGCUACUACACAUGCUACCCUGUACAAGAGGGUAAAGAGUCAUUACAGACCAAGAAAAUCUACGUAUAUGUCAGAGAUCCUGAUGAAAAUAGAUAUUUGGCAGUGAAUGACAGCAUGCUGAUUAUCUCUGUACACCAGUUUGGAGAAGUACUGAUACCUUGUAAACCAACUGAUCCGGAUCUAAAAGUAGAACUGAGAAGGAAUGACGAGAUCACAAUGGAGCCUGGUUUACAAACGUAUCAUGGCAUGCUUGUACGUUACGACAAACACUUGGGGUUCUCGUUGAUUAACCUGUCAGACAAAUACAGCGGCACCUACUCCUGUGUUGUACUUGCAGCCGAUGGGUCUACACUUGUGACUAACGAACUUUACAUCCUACAUAUACUGCCCAACAAGACUUCGGUGGAGCAACCACACAUUGAGGUGAGCCCCAUCCCUGUGGUGGAGGGGGCCGAGGUCACUUUUGACUGUAAGGUACAUUAUGAGUUCGGAGUCAAGGUGGCUCUUAGAUGGACGCUCCCUCACGCUCAUCUCAAUGAGAGUGGAAGAUUCCUUGAACACGAGGAAAUAGACGAGAAGAACCCUGGAGAACAUAACAUGCAGUGCACUGUCCACCGAACCUUAACAUUAACCGAUGUUUCCUUAAAGGACGAAGGACCAUACAUAUGUACUGUGACUGACCACUCGGGCAAUACCAACAGCAAUGCAGUAACACUGUCUGUCAUCCCAUCAGGAAAACAUAAACUGAAGCUGGAUAUCAUCGGAUAUAAAAAUGCUGCCCAAAUACAUGUGAACCCUGGAACGCCCGAGUUUAAACUACUAGUAGAAAUACAAGCAUAUCCUCCUCCUAAAUCCAUUCAAUGGUAUGAUAACUACAUGAAGCCUAUUAUCGGGAAAGGGGACAGCUUCAUCGCAGAGAACAGUCCAACACUAUCGAAGCUGAUAAUUCGUGAGCCAAGAGUUGACAACUCUGGGACGUACACGUUGGUGGUGAACAACAAGGCAAUGAACGAGUCUGUCAAAGUCACUCUACUAGUCAAGGGGGCCCCAGAGUUGCGUAUAAACAAUGACAUUGACGAGGCGUAUUACAUGCUCAACAAAUCCUACUCAAUAAGCUGUGAUGUGUAUGCUCUCCCUCGGCCCAACAUCACAUGGAGCUUCCAACCCUGUCCAGACUACCCCUCAUGCACCCACGAGUUCUCCAUGAUUCCAAAAAGUCAGUACGUAGAACACGAUAUUGCAAACGUCAACCCUGCACUAUUCAACUCCGUUGUAGAAAUUCAGGCAGUAAACACAGGUAUCCUGCAAUGUCAGACUUGCAACGAGCUGAAGUGUAACGAAAGAAAAAUUUCCAUGCUUCUUACAGAUGUAGAAGGUGGUAUGUCUAUUGAUGCACCUGAGUUAGUGGUAGAAACUGACAACGUAACUUUGAGUUGUGGUGCCUCUAAAUACAACUACACAGGCACUCCAGGUUGGGUUAAAGUGGACAAAAGUGGAGCAACUUCUGAGAUCAAAGGUAUGAAGAGCGAAACAAAAUAUUCUUACUUCAACAAAUUGAACUUACCACGGGUGGGUAAAAACCACUCAGGAGUCUACAUUUGCUCAGCUAAGUUGAGUUAUGAAAGAAACCGUUCCCAUAAAAAGGAGUUCACCUUGGAUGUUAAAGACUUGGAGAAGCCAGUAAUCAACAAGAAUGUGUCAGUCAAAGUGUCAGUACGCACAGGUCAACCAGUUCAUCUUCACUGCAAGGUCAAGGGAUCACCUCCUCCCGUCAUCACAUGGUACAUGAAUGGCAUGGAGAUAACAAAAGAUAAGCACAAAAACAUAGAACUGAACAAGAACAACCAGGCUUUGAAGAUUGGAGGUGUAGGUUUGGAGCACAAGGGAGUAUAUAAAUGUGUUGCCACUAACAAGGCAGGCUCAGACACGCUGGUUAUAGACAUUGAGAUCUCUGAUGUCAAAUCUAUGUUCCUGCGCUGGUUUAUAUGGUACAUACUUCCUGUUCUGAUCAUCCUUCUACUUGUUGGUGUUGUCUUGUAUUGUUACAAAGUACGGAAGUAUAAGAAAAAAAUCAUGGAGCUUAGAGAAAUUGGAUUGGAGUAUUUUGAGCAUGGAAAAGUUGAUUCAAUUAAUCCACAAAUUGAUAUAACUGAGCAAGCGGAUCUACUUCCCUAUGAUCGAGAGAAGUGGGAAUUUCCGCGGGAUAAACUGAAACUGGGGAAGCAGCUCGGGUCUGGAGCAUUUGGAAUGGUUUUGAAGGCAGAAGCCUAUGAGCUAGUACAGCCCGGAGUCGCAACUACAGUUGCUGUUAAAAUGGUCAAACGUAACUCCGAUUCAGCUACGAUCAAAGCUUUGGCUUCGGAACUCAAGAUUAUGAUACACCUUGGAAAACAUCUCAAUGUAGUCAAUGUUUUAGGAGCCUGCACUGGUGGGCUUAAUAAAAGAGAGUUGUUGGUUAUCGUGGAGUAUUGCAAGUACGGCAAUCUACGCAACUAUUUACUGCUACAUAGAGGCGUCUUCCACUCCCAAGUGAAUCCAAUCACAAGAGAAUUUGACCCUACCUUCAAAGAGCCCAUGUCCCCGAGCUCUCUAAGUAACAGAUUUUCCUACUCCAACAGCAAAGCUUAUGACAGUGCUGCAGUCUCUCAAGCCACAGAUACAACGUUCGUAAUGUCAGACUCUACAGUGGCCAAUAACGAGCCUACUCCAGUUGACGAAGACGGGUACUUGGCCCCCAGUGACCCCCAGUGGCGUAACACAGACAGAGGGGAUUACAAGGAUGCUGGGCUGACAUCCGUCUGUACUCAGGAUCUCAUCUGCUGGAGCUACCAGGUGGCCCGGGGCAUGGAGUACUUGGCGUCUAGAAAGGUGUUACACGGGGACCUGGCCGCCAGGAAUAUUUUGCUAGCAGAAGAUAAUGUUGUAAAAAUAUGCGAUUUUGGUCUAUCAAAAAGUGUGUACAAAUAUGGUGACUAUAAGAAAGAAGGAGAUGGGCCGUUGCCAGUCAAGUGGAUGGCGUUGGAGUCUAUCAGAGACAAAGUAUUCUCAACUCAGUCCGAUGUCUGGUCAUACGGUAUCACCAUGUGGGAACUCUUCUCACUUGCCUGCAGCCCUUACCCUGGGAUGGAGAUGGGCAAGGAUCUUUAUCAAAAGCUGAAUACAGGCUAUCGAAUGGAGAAGCCAAAAUAUGCAACCAGGCAAAUAUACCAGGUUAUGCUCGACUGUUGGCAUGGAAACCCUCACUCUCGACCAUCUUUCACUGAACUGGCCGAGAGAAUGGGAGGAAUGCUUGAGGACACUGUCAGAACGCAUUACGUAGACCUCAAUGAUCCGUACUUACGUGAGAACAGUCAGUACUUGGCCCAACAAGACUACCUGAGCAAGCUUUGCCCUCCACAGUAUGCCAACUGGAACUCUGGGUAUACAGAAAUGAGGCCUGCGUCUCCACGGAGCGAAGAGAACAUGGAACUGAGACCUAUGUUGUUAUUCAACGCCAAGCCGUGUUCAGAAACAUUAAACAUCACCCCUCAACCUCCAAAUAAAGACAGCCAAGGACUCGGACAGUGAUGAAGAUCAAGAGAGAACUUCCACUGUCAGGCCUAAACCUCCAGGCAAUGACUAUGUCAACGUUCCUCAAGCGUUGGGCUUCUCCAAUCCAAGUUACCAAAAUUUGGGACGCCCAAACAAGAGCCCGUACAUGAAUGUUCCAAAUGGAUGAGAGGUGCUUCACUGUCUUUAGAAUUCUGCAUAAGGUCCAUUAUUACAAUUAGUUAAGUUUUAUCGAAAUAAGUUGAGUCUAUGAACUAUUUUUAUACCAUUCGUUUAUCUUGUAAAUAAUAUUUUGUCUUGUGUUGAAGUUUUUAAUGAAAUAAUACAAGCUUUAGUUUCUGUUAUUUCACGACCUGAUUUAUGUUACAGUAGAUGAUAAUAUUUCUUGAAAGUUUUAUUUUAAGAUAUUUAGUAUAGCAAAACAAUAAUUGUAAUAAAAAAAAAUAUUUAUAAUUUACACAAACUUGUCCAAUAUCUGGAUAAAACUUCUUUUUAAGUCAUAUAAUGUGGGAAAUAGUUUGUCAAAUAGGCCGCAAAAAGGUUUGGUGGCAAAUUUGUAAAAUUGCAAACAAAUUUAUGAUAGAAAGUAUUUUUUUAACAGUACUGUAUAUAAUAUUACUUAUUUUAACGAGCCAUAUCAAUUAAUUAUUGUUUUAUGUUAAUACCUAGUCGAUAUUUUCAUGUUAAAUAUUUUUUACAUGUAUGUUACUAUGUUGUUAGUUAGGAUUGUUUACACCAACCAAAAUAUUACCUAUUAAAUUUUUAUCAAUAUAAUUUUUUUUGUUUAAAAACAUUAUGAUUGUUAGUGUUUUUAAAAUAUUAGUUUUGUUAUGUAUCACAAUGUUAAUUUCCGUAAUGCUCUGUUAGCUGAUGUAGUUAGGGUUGGCAAUCAAAAUUUGAUUGUUUUUUAAAUUUGUAUUUAUGUAGCUAUUUUAAUGGGUUUUGCGAGGUUUGCCCACCAAAGUCUCAAUUAUAGGUGUGUCCAGGGUCUUGGAAAUGGGGGAGGGGGACACGCCAUAGUUUCAAUGCAUUUUUAACAUCUCAUCUUGUAUAUAUGUAUUUCUAAAAGUAUUACCUAUCGUAUUUUCUUAAUAAUUGUGCCAGUAUUGCCAACUUGAAAAUUAAUUUUUGUAAUUUAUUGUUGGGUAUAUUUUUUAAAAUGUUUACACUGCUUGCCAUGUAGUUUACAGCCGUGUUUAUAACUUAUUCUUUGGUAAUUAACUAUCUUUCAAAUCCUACGCAGACCAUACGGCCCAAACUGAAGGGCAGUUCAGAUAUACAGUAUAAAGAAUAUGAUAACUGUUAAGGCUAUGAAAUAUUUUUAUACUAUACAUUUUUUGUAAACAAUAUUUUAUGAAGGUUUUAAUAAAACAUUAAAAGCUUAA